GAGUUAGUGCGCAUGCGCCAUUGGCGGCGAAAGGCAUCAUGGUAGUGUGAGUUAGGAAUUAAUGACAACAUUUAUGACACGGUUGGUUUCUACCAUUGAAAUGUACGUUUAUGUGCCUACAUUUCCUAUGCUACAUGCCCUUAAACUUAAUCUCAUUUAAGCGGAUUUGUAACGGCUGCUUAAUUUCUGUGGUUAUCGGAAUUCUGGGACUUGCAGUUCUUACACGCAGCGGCUUAGCUAAGCUACACUUGCACGCUAGUUUGCUCGCCAUGUGGAGCAGCCUGCAGUAAACUUUCCAACCUCAAACUAGCUGUGUGCGGUUUUGUCAGUCGUCAUGUCGUUUUGUUUUAACUUCGAUGUUCCAGCACUAACAACAAACCUGGACGACGCGGGUGGAAAUGGCCUGCAAAAGGGAAAGAAAGACAAUGCUGCAAAACCUAUGGAGGAGAAUACCAAUCUAGCAGAGCCGGUGAAAGAAGCCAAAGAGCACCUUCUACCAUCUGACCCACAGCUCCUUCUCAUGGAUGCUGUCACUGAAACAGUUACCAUAGGAACUCUUCCUCCUCUUCAUUUCCUCAACGAGACAGUUUUUGAAAAGACGGCGUCUGAGAGAGAAGACGGGGAGAAAAUUCUUUCUCGCACUGCGGAGCAGAGGUCUGAUCUCAUCUCUGGCGUUUACGAGGGAGGGCUGAAGGUGUGGGAGUGCACGUACGACCUUCUGGAGCUGAUUGAGAAAGACGGAGAGACCUUUGGGGGGAAGGCAGUUUUGGAUUUGGGCUGUGGUGCGGGCCUGUUGGGGAUAUUGGCCUUGAGGAGAGGAGCCAGGCAGGUCCACUUUCAAGAUUAUAACAGUACAGUUAUUGAACAGCUCACGGUGCCAAAUGUAAUACUUAACUGCCAGGAGGAGGAUGAAGGAGAGAGUGAAGAUGAUGAAGAAGGGAAGAGCAAGGGAAAAAUACAGGCGGAAGAUGGCAUCCCACCACCUAAGAAGAGAGCUGUAGACCAAUCCAAGCACCUAUUACAAGCCAAGUGUCGUUUUUUCUCUGGUGACUGGAGCACAUUUAUUGCGUUGGUUACAAAGGAGCUCCCACAACCCAAAUAUGACAUUAUAUUCACCUCGGAGACCAUCUACAACACUGCAUACUACCCUUCAUUACAUGAGACCCUCCACAAACUGCUGGCCCCAGGUGGUCUAGUCUAUCUCGCCACCAAAUCCCACUACUUUGGUGUAGGUGGUGGACUGCACCUGUUUGAGACGUUUGUGGAGCAGAGGGGUAUUUUCUCUUUGGAUCACCUGUGGGAUGGGGAAGAAGGACUUCAGAGACACGUAGUGGUCCUACGUUUUAAAAUGGCAAAGUGACACAAAUGAAUAAGUAAAGCAGUCCUGGAUUAAAUAUUCAGCUUUAUUCAUGUAAUAACUGUCAGACUUCUGUGCUGUUUUAAAAAAAAGAUUGGUGAUUACGACACAGUUUAAUACAAAUAAAAAUAUCAGGAUUUCCUCUCAGUAUUCCCUAUGAAAAUGUAUGUCAGAGCAUUAAUGCUAAAACAAGGAAACGCUGUAAUAAAAUAUGCUGUCUCAUCUCCCA